AUGCCAGGACAGCCGAAGUUACGAUCGAGCUGUGAUCGAUGUGGUAUCGCCAAGGUGAAGUGUGACCGGGGGCACCCUGAAUGCGGCCGCUGCGUCUCGCAUGGCAUGGCAUGUGUCUAUGGGGUGUCGCGCAAGAUAGGGAAACCGCCGCGACGUCCGAGCCUAUCCCGAACGUCCAGCAACCAUGCCGCAGCAACGGACAGUAGCAGUAGCAGUGGAGGUAUCAUGCUGGACAUCGAGCCAUUUCCGAGUGGUGCCGAAGUACCCACAGCCUGGGAUGCAAUGGACUACGACAGCAGCGCCAACAGUGACCUGAACCGGUUGCACCCAUGGGUGGGCUUGUUUCAAGAUCUACCUGGGCCAUCUCUCUCGAAUUUUCCUCCCCUGGAGGGCAAUGAAUGGGCCAUGGCAGACCAUUCAGGCAUCAACCUCCUAUCCACCACGCUACCCCCGGGCCCCGGGUCCACUCCACCGUCGCCGAAGCUGGGGAGUUAUUUAUCCACUACGGCGUAUUGUUCCCAAGACGAAGACUGUUCAAAUCUCGGCCAGGGCUCCACAAGCGCGCACGACUGUCCGCGUGAAGCAUAUAAGAUUGUUGAAAGCUUGUCCUUUCUGAACGUCAGCCAGGCUCAUUAUGGGACUUCACCAGGAACGGCCCCAGCCACCACAACGCAGAGUGUCGCCCAUCAAGUUCCGCUGGACCUUGUUCUACGACUAACCCGGGAGGCAAGCGAGCGUCUCGUGCCACUUCUGACCUGCCCCUGCGCGAGAUCGCCACACCUUGCAUUCCUCUAUGCGUCGAUCAUCUCCCGCAUCCUGGCAUGGUACCAGCAGGCCGCGGGUAGCUCGCAGAACGUCUCUCCACCCAUCUCUAGCACGGCAGCAGCCAGCUCAUUGAGCAUCGGCGGGAGCAACCAAAGAACGGCCACAUCAUCCUCCCAGUCGCCUGCGCUGGCCGUGAUCCCCGCGAUGAUGGCCAUUGGAACAUUCAACGUCGACGACCUCCAUGUACAGACCGCCAUGAAGAUCCAGUUAGUAUCCGCAGAGAUGAGAAGGGUCGGCCGUCUGAUCGAUAAAUUUAGCUCGGAGCACUCUAGAGAUCCGUAUCUAACUGAUGAAACGUCUAUCGGCGACAUUGACAGCCUCUACCAGACUCUAAGCCUGUGGCUCAAGAGGGAUCAUUCAAGAAUAGCCAACAUGCUAAGGUCGGAGUUGAGGGAGCUAAACAUAUGA